ACCUAUACAUACAUACAUACAUCCAUAUCCAUAUCUAUAUAUCCAUAUAUAUAUAAAUGCAUAUCGUUCACCUUUCAUCCAUUCUUUCCUAAUUUUAUCAGUGAUGAAGAAUGUGAAAGGAAAUGAUCCUUUGGAAUCGUUUUAUAGCUCGAUUGAGCACGUAAAGAACGCUUUUGGACCGAUAGAAACUAGUUUUAGGAAAGCUGCAAAGGAUUUUGAACAUAGGUGGCCCAAGGGUAAUGGACAUAAAACGAGUGAAUUGGACGUAGGAGAUAGGAGUAAGGUAGAAGUGUUUGAUGUGGUUAGGAGUGAUAGGAAGAAGGGGUUGUCGAUUAAGGUCCCGUUUAAGACGUUUUUGGGGAUUUUUGAUGGCGGUGACAAGGAUCGGAAGGUUGGUGUGACGAAGAAAGAAUUGGAUGUACAGGACUGGAAUAAAGAAGAUGGGACUUGUAUUAAUUGUAUGCAAUUUGCGGUUACUUGGUCUUUGAUUGUUAGUAGUUUUGUUCAAGCAGUUCCGGCCCCAUUUAGGAACGGUAAAAAGAAGCUACAAAAAAGGAAUUGUAAACAUAUGCAUGUAAAUGAGUAUAAGUCAAAGAGUUCUAGAGAUAGAAGUGGAUUAAUGUCUAAAAGGGUAUUUCCAGAAAGUGCUUCUGAUGAUGGAAAGCGGAUGAAAUUGGAAAAAGAAAAUGAAAAGGAGUUACUUUUCGUGCCAUUUGAGGAAAAUUUGAAGAUGAAAGGUGGAAAUGGUUUGUCGCUUGAGCAUUUUAUUGGGUUUGUACUUGACCAGGUUGCUCAAAAUAUACACAAGUUGGAGUUGGGUGUCCAAGAAUUUGGAAGUGAGAAAUGUGAGUUAUCUGCAGUUCCUCCUACUACUGGCCAAAUUGAUCAUUUGAAGGCUGUCGGUAGUCUUAUUGAAGGUACAAAAGCAGAUCUUAGUGGGUUUUUAGGAAAUUUGAAGUUUGCGAGAGUUGGAGGUGUUCCGCCAGGUAUUGUUGACAUGAGUUCUCCCGUUAAGGAUGACAGUGAUGAUACUGUUACCUCAAAUGUUACAGAAGAGAAUGUUAGUAGUUUUCCACAGAAGAUGGCUAAUGGUUUGUUCAGUAUCCCUUUAUCAAAUGUUGAGCGAUUGAGGUCCACCUUGUCCACAGUUUCAUUGACUGAACUAAUUGAGCUUGUACCCCAGUUAGGACGGUCAACAAAAGACCAUCCUGAUAAGAAGAAACUUUUCUCUGUUCAGGAUUUCUUCAGAUACACAGAGUCAGAAGGAAGGAGAUUUUUUGAGGAGUUGGAUAGAGAUGGCGACGGGGAAGUAACUUUAGAAGAUCUUGAGAUUGCUAUUAGAAAGAGAAAGCUUCCUCGGAGAUAUGCUCAUGAAUUAAUGCGUCGCACUAGACGGCACUUAUUUUCUAAAUCAUUUGGUUGGAAACAGUUUUUGUCAUUGAUGGAGCAGAAGGAACCAACUAUCCUUAGAGCUUAUACCAGUCUCUGUUUAACCAAGUCUGGGACAUUGCAGAAGAGUGAAAUCUUGGCAUCAUUGAAGAAUGCAGGACUUCCUGCAAAUGAAGAUAAUGCAGUUGCCAUGAUGCGGUUUCUCAAGUCGGACACUGAAGAAUCUAUUUCUUAUGGACAUUUUAGAAACUUUAUGCUACUUCUCCCGUCUGACCAACUUCAAGAGGAUCCGCGGAACUUAUGGUUUCAAGCUGCUACCGUUGUAGCAGUGGCACCUCCUGUGGAAGUACAUGCUGGAAGUGUUCUAAAAUCUGCAUUGGCAGGUGGUCUUGCUUGUGCGUUGUCUACAUCUGUAAUGCACCCUAUUGACACAAUAAAGACUCGAGUACAAGCAUCAACCCUUAGUUUCCCAGAAAUGAUUGCGAAACUUCCGGAAGUUGGAUUUCGAGGAGUAUAUAGAGGCUCAAUUCCUGCAAUUAUAGGCCAAUUUUCAAGCCAUGGGUUACGGACUGGAAUCUUUGAAGCAAGUAAGAUCGUGUUGAUAAAUGUUGCUCCGACACUGCCAGACCUACAGGUCCAGUCUUUAGCAUCGUUCUGUAGCACUGUUUUGGGGACAGCAGUUAGAAUUCCAUGUGAAGUGUUGAAACAAAGGUUGCAGGCAGGUAUAUUUAACAAUGUGGGGGAGGCGAUCAUCUGUACAUGGCAACAAGAUGGUCUCAAAGGCUUCUUCCGUGGGACCGGUGCCACUCUUUGUCGGGAGGUCCCAUUCUAUGUUGCAGGCAUGGGACUUUAUGGAGAGUCGAAAAAGGUUGCCCAGCAGUUUCUGGGACGUGAACUUGAACCGUGGGAGACAAUUGCAGUCGGGGCUCUAUCUGGUGGUCUUGCUGCAGUCACAACGACACCUUUUGAUGUGAUGAAAACUAGAAUGAUGACUGCACCUCAGGGGCGACCCAUUUCCAUGUCAAUGAUUGCAUUAUCCAUUCUACGUCAUGAAGGCCCACUGGGAUUAUUCAAAGGGGCUAUACCUAGGUUUUUUUGGAUUGCUCCACUUGGUGCUAUGAACUUUGCAGGCUAUGAACUCAUGAAAAAUGCCAUAUCCAAAACCGAAGAGCAGCAAACUCUAGAGCAGCAAUCUGCGGAUCAGCUUUCGCAGAAGUAGCAAGUUAUUCUGGUAAGAGUUCUUUUUUAUUUGUAGUGAUGGCAUGUGAACGCUACAAGGAAGUUUUGAAAGUUUUCCAUGUUUAAGUGGCGAUAUGUGCUACAGAUUUUAUUUGCCGACAUAUCCGUGCUGUUUUGGACAUUCAGUCAAUUUAAAGAUGUUAUGAGCUACUACUCAUUUCAUGCAAAUAGCAAUGCCCAUUCUUGUUAUGCA